GUAGAAGCAAACGAAGCAAACCAAGCAAACUUUUGUAUAUUUUAUAAAUUCUUAUUUUUAUAAGUUUUUUAAUUAGUGAAAAAUAUAGAUUUACAAGUACAAGUAAAUCUUACCUUCUGUUAAAGAACAGUGAUCUCGCAACAUUUAAAAAAAAUAAUCUGCGAUAUUGUUAUAUACACGUAUAUAAAAAAUGUCGCAGCCUUCAGUGGCGGCGUAUUUCACCACGAGGAAACGAGCUGCCUCCGAGGAGAUACGUAAUAAAUCAAAAGUUUUAUGUUUGGAUCAGGAAACAAGAAAUUCAAGUAUAUCCUACGAUUCACAUAGAGAAACAUCGACUUCGCUUACAAUUGUGCCAGAAGAAUGUUCCAAUGAGAGUUUAUAUAAAAAUACCGAUGUCGAGUCACCUUCGGUCAAAUCAAAUAAUUCAGCAGUUAGAAAUAUUAUUUUCGAUCUACAAAAACCUGGUACGCCAAAAACGCCGAGAAUGAAUACAAGAACGCGUUCAAGAUCACGAAAACUUUCGAGUGAGGAAGGUCAAGUUGAUAUUCGUGAAUCUUUGAAGAAAAUCGAUGGUACGAGUUCGAAUAAAAAUGUGGUUUUCGAAAAGAAGGGUUUAUUGAGUCCCAAGAAGCGUUCGAGCUCGUCGAGAAAUCUCAGGACACCGAAGAAAAAUGAACAGGACGAAGCACCAGCUGCUGGUUCUGUUACUCCGAAAAAAGCGGCAAGAAUUGAAAAAACUGAUUUAAGUUUCGUUGAGAUUAAGAACAGAAUUAAUCAAUCAUCAAGACUCGCUGAAAUUAAGGAGAGAAUUAAUAAAAUACGUAAUUGCGAUGAAAAAUUGACUCAAUUGCAGGCGCAAAAUGAAAGGAAACAAUUGCCAGAUCAUAAGCCCCAGAUUCAAAGAUUCGAUAAAAUUCAACUGGAGAUUCCUGUUAGUCCCUCGAAAGCAGCAAGGUCACCGAGUAAACUUCUAUUGAGUCCUGUGAAGAAUAUACAGUUGCUGAAAAAUGCCAGUCCCCAACGUCGUUUACUUUUUGAACCAAAGGAACCGACAUCAAGUCCUGUUAAGGGAAGUCCAACCAAGGGACCCGCUUAUCAGAGAUAUCAAUCAUUAGCCGAAAGUGCAACUCCCGCUUUGGCACUGCCUUAUAAUUACAGAUUCCUCGCAGAAGUUUUCCGAUGCAUUGAUACGGUUACAGCUAUGCUGUUCAAUCGAAAUGAGAAGAUAACAUUCAAAAAGUUGAAACCUGCCGUUCAAGAAUUACUUCGCCGCAAUUUAAAUUUGGAUCAUAUUGCGCAGAUAAAAAAUAUUUAUCCCAAUGCAUAUGAAUUUAAUCAAGAGAAAAUUCGUAACUUUGGAUCUGCGACGAAAGUGCCAACUUAUGAUCUUGUAUUAACCCCAUUAGUUGAAUCUCGAAAUGGAAGAAACACUCCAGACGCUGAUAAUGUUCUUAAAUCCGGUUCGGAAGUCAGUAUGAGUCCAGGUGUUCUACUGGAGAGACGUAGAAAAUUCUACAAUAUUCUACUGGACAAAGUUAAGGACGAACAUGAGGAGUUCCUGAAAAAUUUAGAAACUCCAAUGGUUGUACCAAGGAAUAAAUUGGUUCGCUGGCAUCCGGAAUUCGACAUUGAAAAUUGCAAAGCAAUAGAAAAAGCCGAAUUACCACAACCACCAAAUGUGGAAAAGGCCUCAUCUGCUAAAGAUGUUCUUGAUAAAGCUAAAAAUCUCUUCAAUUGCAAUACACGAAUGGAAAAAGCUCUGCAACGACUGGCUGAUGCAAAAAUGACGAAAAAUUCACAAACGUCGCCGUCUAAAACGGAAAAAUCAAAUACCGUGAUUCAAAGUGAGACGAAUGCUGAAGGCUUUAAAAAAGUGCAAAUUUCGGUUGUGGAUACACCACCCACAACUCCAACUACAACUCCAACCUCCAGUAGUUCUAAUAUUAAUCCCGCAUUGAAAGGAAUUCCAAAAGCUCUCCUCGAAAGGGUUCGUGCAAAACAAGCUGCAAAAGCGUUAGAAGCAAUGACAAGGUCGCCGGCCGCGGAUAAAGCAGCAGCGAUGCAUUUGAGAUUACCUGAAAUUGCUAGAAUUCUCCGUAAUAUAUUUGUAGCUGAAAAGAAAAGUGUUUUAACAUUAGAAUUCACUCUACAAAAAUUGGACAAUUCCUAUAGAAUGAAAUUAACACAAACCGAAUUGGAAGAGCACAUACGUCUUUUGUGUACUGUUGCGCCAGCAUUUGCAAAUAUUCGAAACGUGAGAAUGAUCGAUUAUUUAAAGCUCGUGAAAGAUAUUGAUUUGGCUAAAGUCAUUAAAAAAUUGGAGAGCGUAGCUAAUGACAAAUUGAAAACUUGAUAAUAGAGAAAACAUUAUUAAGUCUCUUUUUCUUCUUAAAAAAAACAACAAAUAAUUUAUCAGUCAAUUAUUCUACAGAAUUUUUUCUAAACUAAUUGAAAUUAACGUAUUAUCGUUUGAGAUAAUAUAAUAAUUUGCAUGAUAAACUGAACAAGUUUUUUUUUAGGAAAUUUUAUAAAUAUUUCAAAUUUACAAGCCUUAUUGGUGUGCCUCAUAAUUAAUUGCUUUUCAGUUUAAAAUAUAAAACGAUGAAUUUUAUUAAUCUGUAGAAGACUUCGAAAAUGUGUUUGAAUUAGAAUUUUUACCUUUUUAAGAAUGAGACUGAAUUUUCAAUAGAUUUAAAAAAAAAGUUUGUACCUCCACUGAAAUCAAUAAACAAUAAUUUUCAUUUAA